CGUCAUCUGUAAAAGUACAACAUUGAAUGUUAUGUUAUAAUCUACAAAAAUAAUGACGGAUUUCUUCAAAUCCGCUUUCGGUGUGUUAACUGGGAAUAUAUCUGGACCAGAGAAUGAUUUUGUUGGACAAGUUGUGGAACUAGGACAGCAAAAACUUCGUGUACGAAGAGUUAUAGCGGAAGGUGGCUAUGCUUUUGUGUAUGUUGCACAAGAUGUCACCACUGGAAAAGAUUAUGCCCUUAAGAGGUUACUUGCCCAUGACAAAGAAAAGAACCAAAUGGUUAUAGAUGAAAUCAAAUUCCUUAAAAAGCUAACAGGUCAUCCCAACAUUGUACAGUUUAUUGCUGCUGCCUCAGACUCGGACAAAGGACAAUCAGAGUAUCUACUGCUAACGGAGCUCUGUACAGGUCAGCUAGUUGAUGUGUUGAACAGUGCUGGCUCACCAUUACCCUGCAAUGAUGUUAUUCAGAUCUUUUACCAAACGUGCCGUGCAGUGCAGCACAUGCAUAGACAAAAUCCCCCAAUUAUUCAUAGAGAUUUAAAGGCUGAGAAUCUGUUGAUAAGUUCUAAACACAUGAUCAAGCUGUGUGACUUUGGUAGUGCUACAACAACAACACAUUUUCCUGAUGGCUCCUGGUCAGCAAUUCAACGAAGUCUGGUGGAAGAUGAGAUUGCCAAAAACACAACACCUAUGUAUCGUGCACCUGAAAUGUUAGACCUUUAUCAAAACUUCCCGAUCUGUGAAGCUAGUGAUGUUUGGGCUUUGGGGUGUUUACUAUAUAUGCUUUGCUUUGGUAACCACCCAUUUGAGGAUUCAGCCAAGCUGAGAAUCAUCAAUGCUAACUACACCAUUCCAAGUGCAGACACCCAGUACACAGUUCUGCAUGAUCUCAUUAAGAGUAUGCUACAAGUGGACCCAAAUGACCGACCAACUGUUCAUGAUAUAGUUGACAGACUUCAAGAAAUAGCAAUAGCUAAAAAUGUCAACUUAAAAGGACCUUUACAUAUAGCAGAAAAUAUUCCAGCAAAUAUAGUAAUAGACAGUGCAGAAACACAUCGGCGACCUAAUUCUGUGUUCUAUGAUGAGGGGGAGAGAGCUGAGAACUAUCCCCCACCCCCCACACAAAGUGCAAAUGCUUCCUCAAUAUUCAACUCUUUGAGAGGUGGAGCUGGAAAUUUGAUGAAAAAUAUUAAAGAUGCAUCAGCAAAAGUUAUAGAAACUGUAUCAGCUACAAUGGGAAAGACAGAUUUGGACAUCAGCUACAUUACAUCAAGAAUCGCAGUGAUGUCAUUUCCAGCUGAGGGAGUAGAGUCUGCUUUUAAGAACAACAUUGACGAGGUCCGCAGUUAUUUAGAGAGUAGGCAUAAAGACUGUUAUGCCGUGUACAAUCUGUCACAAAGGACAUACAGAGCCAUCAAGUUUGAGAAUAGAGUGUCUGAAUGUGGAUGGCCUCCUAAGAAAGCUCCUUUACUUACCAGUCUCUUUCAAGUCUGUCAGAACAUGCUUCUGUGGCUGCGACAGAAUCCAAAAAACAUCUGUGUCAUUCAUUGCAUCGAUGGCAAAGCUUCAUCUGCAACUGUAGUGGGGGCAUUCCUGUCAUUUGUCCAUCUGUUCGAGUCACCUGAACAAAGUAUUCACAUGUUCUCCAUGAAACGAGGCCCACCAGGAGUCACUCCUUCACAGAAAAGAUAUAUUGGAUAUAUAUCUGACAUGGUUGCUGAUACUCCAUAUGUUCCCCACAACUGUGCUGUUCUACUGAAAUCUAUGACAUUAUCCCCUGUUCCACUUUUUAACAAAAUGAGGAAUGGAUGCAGACCAUUUGUUGAGGUUUAUGUUGAUGAAGAAAGGAUCCUCACAACUUCUCAGGAAUAUGACAAAAUGAAAGGUUAUCAGGUAGAAGACGGAUCAGCUAUACUUCCUGUUAACACCACGGCUUUAGGAGAUGUUACUGUUGUUGUGUACCAUGCCAGAUCUACUUUUGGGGGCAAAGUUCAAGGAAAGAUAACAUCUAUGAAGAUGUUUCAAGUUCAGUUUAACACUGGAAUGGUCAGACCAGGGACAACAUCAAUGAAGUUUACACAAUUUGAUUUAGACCAGUUAGAUACUGCUGAAAAAUAUCCUGAACUGUUUUGUGUAAUGCUGGAUUUAGCUGUGUCUAAGAAUGAAAGGCCUACAAAUAAAGGACAACCCUGGAAAUCCUUUGAUGGCUCAAAGUUAUCCCCCAAGAUUCUCUUUUCCAACAAAGAAGAAAUGCAUGACACAUUUAAAGAUUACGGAGUGACAAAAAGAGCCAAGUCUCAGUUAUCUAGAUCAUCUAGUCAGAGUUCUAGUGGACAGACCAGCCCAGAACAUGUUCCAAACAUGCCCAACAAGGAGUCCUCAACAGAGAAUCAGGACCAAAGAAAAGAAAGGAUUACAAAAUACAAUGAAGAGAAAUCAAAAGCAAAUGUGGCUUCCAGUGCAGCAAGUUUUCUUUCCUCUCUGUCUUGGCAGAAUUCACAUCAAGAAGAGAACCAAGAUAAGGAUAAACAGAGCAAUUUUUUAAGCAGAGAGGAGGGGGAAGGGUUAUUGUCUGGUAGUGAUGAUGAUGAGUUUGCUGCACUGUCAGAACAGAGGAGCAAACCUGUCAAUGCAGAGACUUUGUUAGAUUUUAGUGAGGACAAAAGUGAUGUAAGGAAAACUGAGGAACAGGUUAAUUCAUCAGAUAUAGGAGAUAAAAGCAACAAUGAACCUCUAAAUCAACAACAAACAUUUGAUCCGUUUGCAGACUUUGGUUCCUUUAGUUCAAACAAUGAGGUUCAGUCAAACAAAGACUCGAGAUCUACAGAGGAAAAUGGUUUCUUAUUUGAUGCAUUCCAAGACCAUAGUUCAGCAAACUUAAAAACAAAUGGAAGUGUAUCAAAUGUUGAUAACUUGCUAGAUUCAUUUUCAUCAAGUACUGAACAAUCACAAACAACCAAUACAAAGAAAGAUGACAUGUUUGACUUUUUAAAUGAUACUUCCAGUGGGUCUAAGGAUGAUGUUAAUCUCUUAGGUUCCUGGGACAUCCACAAUGUAAAAGAUUCUAUUCCCACUGUUAACAUUCCCAGAAACAACUCUAGCUCGAGCAUGCAUCAGAGUAGCUCUGCUUCUAACUUUCAACAGUUUUCAGGAAUGGGCAAUGCAAACAUUCCAAGAAAUAGUAGUGGGACGUUUACAACCGGCCAAAAACAGCCAUUGUUUGGCCAGAGUCGCUCAGGAAACAAUUCCCCUCUCACAAUAGGUCAAAAUGUCAAAGGACAAUCUACAAAUUCAUCAUAUGACCCUUUUGCUGAAUUUGGUAACCUAAGUGCUGGUAGUAAAGGUAAUUUCAGUGGUAGUUUUCCCAACUUGAACAAACCUCCACAGCAGCCAACCCCUAAACCACCAGCAACUAGUGGACCUAAAACACAAGGGUCACCCAAAGUUGCAAGACCCCAGAAUCCUCCAAAACAACAGACUUACAGUAAACCUAAUUACAAUGUUGGAGGAUUUGUCACAGGCGGAAGAGAUGAAAGGGGCACUAGAAAACCAUUUGGUCCAAAGCCUCAAGUUAGUGAAAGUGCAUUUGAAGAUCUCCUUGGUAACCACCAGUUUACCAGCUCCAAACAGAGCAGUACACCAAAAACACUGGGAGCCAUGAAAAAGCAACAGAGAGCUGAAGAAAUGGAUCCAGACAAAUUAAAAGUUUUGGAUUGGAUAGAAGGGAAGGAACGUAAUGUGAGAGCUCUGCUGUGUUCAUUAGACAAAGUGUUGUGGGAUGGUGAAAAUAGGUGGCAACAGGUUGGCAUGCAUGACUUAGUGACGGCAGACCAAGUGAAAAAAGUCUAUCGUAAAGCUGUGCUCUCUGUCCAUCCUGACAAGCUUGGUGGAUCACCCCAUGAAGCCUUAGCAAAGUUGAUAUUUAUAGAACUGAAUGAUGCCUGGGCGCAGUUUGAGGAGGAGGGCAUGAAAUCCCUGUAUUAGGAUUCCUCAUCAUGUACAUUGCAUAAGUCUUUCUGAAAGGACUCCGCAUUGAAAGUUUGCCACUUCAGAAACAUUAUGAUUGGAUACAUGUAUUUAUAUAAACUAUUGACAUUAUCAUACAAAGUGAUAGAAUUCAUUGUAUUACACUCAUAUGGAAUAUUUAUGGAUUAUGCACUGGAAUCAAUUUUCUCUAAUUUGUAUUUUGUACAUUUUACUUUUAGAUCACAGAUUUUAUUUUCUUGGUUUACAGUUUUAUUUUGUUCCCCCCCCCCCCCCCCCCCCCCCCCCCGAAAAAAAAACAACAACUACAAACAAGCACACACACAUGCAUAAAGUUUAGAAUGUUAUUAUAGAAAGAGUUACUGCUGUUUUUGUAUGUGCUUUUGUUGAUUUUUAUGUCUAUAACCCCCUUCCUGUCUGGGUUAUGCCUUUGUAUUGAAGUAUUAAACUGAAAGUGUUACUUGUCAUAACCAUAAACCAAAUUCAUAAUUUCAGUCUUUUUUUUUUCUUUUUUAGAUUGUAAGGCUUUUUAUGGUAUUUUACAGUUGUCACAUGAGCACUAGAAGUAGUGUUACAUUUGGACAUCUGGGGUCAGUAAGAAUAUAGGUAUAAACAAAUCAUGCACAAUAUCAUUUUUUUUUAAAAAAAAACACCUUUUACACAUGUAUAUGUUUCUGUAUAAUGUAAUGCAAUUUUCACAGUUGGUAUAUUUUGCAAAUAACCAGAAGUUUUUAUUACAUGAGCAAUAUUUUAUCAUGUUUACAUUGUACAUCUAAUUAAAAAAAAACAAAACAUAUCACAAUGCUUGAAAUAUGAAAACUGUUUCAAGGCAACAAAAUUGCAUUUUGAUAUUUUCUUUUUCUUCUUGGUCUAUAUUUGACUAUUGUAUUUGAAUCAUUUUGAGCUCUUUUCAUUUCCCCUGGGUAAAGAAUUCUGAGAGAAACAACCAAGCAGUACUACAUAUAAACCCUGCUUACUCUAGAGUAAAGCAUGUAUGGUAGAAAACAAAUUACAUGCAAACUCUUAUUAUUAAAUUAAGUGAUGAUAUGUCUUCUUAAGUUAUUAUAACAGCUUCUAUCUUGAUUCAUACUCUUAUGUGGCAUUAACCUUGCAUAUAUGGAUAAGAAUAUACAUAUGUACAUUUUUUUUUUGUGAGAUUUUUUUUAACAGAGCCAGAUGUGAUAUGAAAGUAACUUAACAGUAGUAAUUGUGUUUAAAAAGUUGCUGAUGAAACUUUUAUGUAGAGGACAAUGUCCCUCCUUUUUAACACAAAACAGAUUCUUUAGAUUGUGUUAUUUAAUUUUGCUGGUAUGGUACCGUAACUAUUAUUAUUUUUCUGUGAAAUUAACCACCGCUGAAUAAAAUUAUCAGUUCACAAGAUAAAUUAUCUGUUACAAGGCACACACAUAUAAUGUGAAAUAAAGCAAUUGAUACCAUUGUAGAAAAUCAUGAAGUUUAAGCACUGUGGAAUUAAAAUGACUUGCAGUACGUAAAUUAAAAUUUUUUUAACUUGAUCAAAAUUUUGUUCCAUUUCCCCUUUGUUAUUCACUGGGGAAAAAUGCCAUAGGUUCUUAAACAAAAAUCUUGUUUUUAAUUGAAAAUAAAACAACCCAGUAAAUGAUAUUAUUCUGGGUCAGAAAAUAUUUCUUCUACAAUUACCAAUCUACAUGUAUAGAUUAACGUGUUGAAGUACAAGGGAAGUGAAACAUAUUAUUUCAAGUCUCACUGGUGUACACAAGCUUUUAUUUUUUACAAGGAUUUGUUUUGUUUGAAGUAGCAAAUGUUAUAUCUAUGAAUUGUUGAUUAUAUUAGAACAGACGAAAUAUUAAUUUCCUUAUAUAAUAAAACAUGUGUAAAUGAAAAUGUUGUAAUUCUUAAAACAUAUUGAGAGUAAGCCUGCGGGAUAGUUGACUUGCAUGUGUUGUAGUGGUAGGUCCUAUGCAUUGUUCUGAGCAAUCUUGUAUGAAAAUGAAGUAUUGUUAUUGAAGUUGUAUAAUUAUUUAUAAUAGAUCCUGUAAACAAACAUAGUCUAACUAUUUGACGUGUAGUAUAUGGGUAUAAUAAAGCAUUCCACGGAUUGA